UUGUAUGCGCCUGUUUGCCCGACCCUGAAACCGACAGACGCCUAUUCAACAGUGUGACAUCACACAUGAUACACGGACCUUGUGGACAGCUAAACCGUAACAGUCCGUGUAUGGUGGACAACACUUGCUCUAAAAACUAUCCAAAAGAGUACAGCGAAGAGACUUUGUACAUAUCCGACGGCGGUUACCCAACAUACCGCAGACCGAAUAACGGACUUGUGGCAAACGUCAGAGCUCAACAAGUAGGAAAUGAGUUAGUCGUACCGUACAACCCUUACUUACUGAUCAAGUACGACGCACACAUAAACGUUGAGGUAUGCUCUACUGUGAAGAGCGUAAUGUAUCUGUACAAAUAUGUGUACAAGGGUCACGACGCAGCUACCGUGGAAGUUUGGAAUGGAGAUGAAAUAGAAAAGUGA